AUGCCUGCGAAACUAUCUACGGUCUGUUAUGUUCAUGAAUCUAGGGAACAUCUAACCCAGGAUUUUACUAUAAAGGAUAUCACUGCCGUAUCUAGAUUGGAUGAUCAAGAUCCAACCAAAGUUCUCUACUUAAGAAUUAAAGCCUUUAUCCCCUCAGACAACACCUUCGAGACUCAAAUAGAAGAUUUUGAGACUGGCGACAUUAUUUUUUUAAAGGGAAAAAAACAUAGGGAUAAGGAACCUCGCGAAUUCUGGGUAGAGGUGUUCCAUGAUCCUAAUUUGAGGUACCUCGAGAACAAAACGAAUUCAAUAAAUCAAACCAUGAGGUCAACAACUGUGAUGUUGGUAGGCGUGAUUUUCUAUGUUCCCCCAGUCAUCGACGAAGUAUCGCAGGAGGAAACCAUUCCCGGCAAACACGCCUUGAAACUAGAGGACAUUUCAUUAAUCUCGAAUAAUCGAAACAAUAACUCCAACCAAACCCUGAACGUACCAUGGCUCAACUCGCAGUCAAGCAGCAGAUCGUCUCGUACUCCCCGAGGAGCCACACCCAGAUCCCCAAGAAGAGGUCGGGUGACUUUAGCUCAAAUGAAUCCUACGAGAAAUCAGUCUCUCGCAUCAGCCCUUCAAGCGAAUCCUAUUCCGUCAAUGAAUUUAAACACGGAUGAAACGACUGAAAUGGAUCCUCCGCAAGAAAAUCAGGAAGAAUGA